CCACUUAUCCAUCAACAAAACCAACUUCAUCAGGAAUAGCACCAGCCUAAAGCCUCUCAACUCUUUAACUCAAGAAAAUGGCAACCAUGACUCUUUCAUCUACAUUCACAGGCAAGGCUGUUCCUUUGAGCGCACAAACUGAACUUCCGGCGACUGUCCGCAGCAGCAAUGGGAGAGUAACUAUGAGGAAGACAGCAGGAAAGCCAGCUGCUUCCUCUGGGAGCCCCUGGUAUGGACCUGACCGUGUCAAGUACCUCGGUCCAUUCUCCGGUGAGCCCCCAUCUUACUUGACAGGUGAAUUCCCUGGUGAUUAUGGUUGGGACACUGCAGGGUUAUCAGCUGACCCUGAAACCUUUGCCAAAAACCGAGAGCUCGAGGUCAUUCAUUGCAGGUGGGCAAUGCUUGGAGCUUUAGGUUGUGUGUUUCCAGAGCUUCUUGCAAGGAAUGGAGUUAAGUUUGGUGAGGCAGUAUGGUUCAAGGCUGGUGCUCAAAUCUUCAGUGAGGGUGGUCUUGACUACCUGGGUAACCCCAGCCUCAUCCACGCUCAAAGCAUUCUAGCCAUAUGGGCAACCCAGGUUGUGCUAAUGGGUGCUGUUGAGGGUUAUCGUAUCGCAGGAGGACCCCUUGGUGAGGUUACUGACCCCUUGUACCCAGGAGGCAGCUUUGAUCCCUUGGGACUUGCUGAUGAUCCUGAGGCAUUUGCAGAGCUUAAGGUGAAAGAAAUUAAGAACGGGCGGCUUGCCAUGUUCUCUAUGUUUGGUUUCUUUGUUCAAGCUAUUGUCACUGGCAAAGGACCUCUAGAGAACCUUGCCGAUCAUCUUGCUGACCCUGUCAACAACAACGCUUGGGCUUAUGCCACAAACUUUGUCCCUGGAAAGUGAGCUCACCAAUUUAUAUGUUAGGAAAUGUGAGUUUCGCUAUGCUUUUGUGAUGUAACGAAAUUGUAUAUUAAUGACAAAAAGUUAAUCAA